ACAUGUAUGUUGACAAUGUAUGUAUCCCUGAAUAUAGGCCUAUAGUGCUAAAUCAUUUGUUCAUCCAUGCAAAAUCUAUUUUUUUUCAAUUAAAAGUGUUCAUAAACUUUUAAGAUCAUGGCGGACAAGCAAGUCAAAGUAGCUUUGUGGGGAGUGCCUCGAACGAUGUCGACGGUUUUUACAAAAUGCAUCAGUGCCAUUGACGGGAUUGAAGUCUAUCUAGAGCUUUAUUCCUAUUCUAAAGCAGCUAAUGGCAUUUUCAAAUCAGCGACCGGGCGUGACCUGCCGAAGAAACUUGAAGGGAACGAGGCGGUGUACGCAGAAGUCGUAGAGGUGUUUAAGAAGGAAACCAAUAGCACUUUGAUACCAAAAAGAAUUUCAUGUUGUGAAAUCAAACGUGAUUUGGAGACCACCAAGAGUAGGUUCGUCUUUAUAAAGGAGAUGGCCUUUACCGAUUACAUCCUAGAGUACCUUCCUGAAGGCUUCAAGCACGUCUUCCUUAUUAGAGAACCAACGAAGGUCUACACGUCUUUCCGGAAAGGACUGAUGGCAUUGGGAAUGUUUAAUAUUAAUGAAGAUGAUGUCGACGUCAUACGCGACGAUAAAGCACAAAUACAGCCGAUGUCGUGGUACAAGGAACAGCAUCGGUUUUGGAAUUAUGUUAAAGAAAAUCUCGACCCCAACCCAAUCAUCAUUGACGCUUACGAUCUAGCCAGGAACCCGCAAGGGAUCUUGAAACGAUUCUGUGAAGCUGUUGGAUUCCCCUACAGUGAUGACCUUCUGCUGUGGUCGCCGAGUCACGAGUUCCCGGAGAACUUCGUGACGGCUGGCGAAAACCUCUUCAAGUUGUUCUCUGUGAUGUAUAAGACGGCAUUCAGCAGCACACAUUUCAUGGCGCCUUCCGAAAAGGGACCAUUACCACGUGAUCAGCUGACAGAUGACGUCAUCCAAUGUGUGGAGUAUUCCAAUCCAUUUUACCAUGAGAUGUACAGGGAGAGAAUGCAAGUCUCUUGAAAAUGCCUUGUUCCUGCUCUAUACAAAUUAAGAGAGCUAGUGCAUGCGGCAACAUUUACUCGUUUUCUUUCUUCCUUUGUUAAUUUGCAGCGUCCCCAAUGAGGAGUAGGUCUACACUAUCAAAAAUAUCACAAUGAUGUAAUUAAGAUGGUUUGAAAGAUAAUGGGAUGGUCCCCUAUACAUAUUGCACUAGGUGAAACCAGUUAUCCAAUGUUGGCCUACAUGGUUUCACGUCCUACCCAAUGCACUAUUUACUUUAUUAUGUGUGUUGGCAAUUUUUGUUUAAUUGUUUGCCUAUUUUCUUUUGAUAUUUUUUUGGGGCUAAAUGUUGCAUUUUCGGCACGAUUUAAUCGUUAAAAAAUGAAAACUGUUACCAAAAAUUACAUAAAAAAGACACUGAAUCAUGCUCUAAAAUGUGAUAACUGAAUGUGUUUUACCAUAUAUUGUUAUGCUUUCAGGUCACAUUUCCUUUUUUUUUGGGGGGGGGGGUAUAUCAGAGUACUACGAAACUGAGGUUUACUUAACAGAUCUGUUUUCUUAUUUUUGAAUCUUGUAACCGCAGAUCACCUGUAAAAAUUGAUUUUCAACAUUUCUUAAAAGGUGACUAUUAUAUUGAUUAUCAGUCUCAUUUGAAAUUGUACAUUUUUGUAGUCUAAUAGAAAAUUCGUACAAUCUCUUACAGGUUGUAUGAUAAGCACAGUUUUGUAUUUUCGCCAACAGAUGACCUUACAAAAUAUUAAGCGUAUAGAUAAUGAACGCUUUAAUCGGUGAACAGCAAGAAAAUAAUAAAUAAAAACAGACCAUACUUGAAUAUGGCAAGGUGUUUUUCUUUGUAUUAAAGUUGCAAGACUUAUAUUUGUGAAUUUAUUUUGGAAUGAGAAUGAUAAAAUAAUGUAUAGAAUACUCAGCAAGGGUGAUUUUAAGAGGAGGUGGAAGGGAUCGUUUUAAUGGUCCAGUGACGGUUUAUUUUUUAAUUGGUGUAGUGCCAUUUCGUCCAUUACCAACUCGUCUACUAUCUUUUGCAUACGUAAAUUGGAAGUAACCUGUGUGAUGUCGAUCGGAAGAAAAGAAAUGAUUACUUGAAUUGAGUAAAAUUUGGUAUACCAUCAAUUCGUCAACUCACCACAUGGUCUAAGUGCCAUUUCGUCCACUCACAAUUUCAUCUAAUAACUAGUUGGUCCAAUAGCCAUUUUGUCUAAUACAGUUCGUUCUAUAUUUGGACUUAGUGAAAAAAUUUGAAAAAAAGAUAGAGGGCGGGAAAUAAGAAAAUUAUAGAAAGAUAAAGGAUGGGAAGGAAGAAAUUGAUAGAAAUAUAUACAGGGUGGGAAGGAAGAAAUUGAUAGAAAGAUGGAGGACGGGAAGUUAGAAAAGGAUAGAAAGAUAGAGGGGGAAGGAUGAAAUUGAUAGAAAGAUAGAGGGUGCGGGAAGAAAGAAAUUGAAAGAAAGAUAGAGGGCGGGAAAUAAGAAAGUUAUGUAAAGAUAAAGAGGGAAAGGAAGAAAUGGAUAGAAAUAUAUAGAGGGCGGGAAGGAAGAAAUUGAUAGAAAGAUGAAGGACGGGAAGU